AUGGCUCCAACCAGCGAGAAAAGCCUCGAUGAGGCCGAUAACAAGCGAGUUCAAGAGAACGUUGAAUAUGCCAGGCAAAAUUCAAGCGAUGAGGAGUCCCACCAGGAGCUUCCUAUGACGAAGAGGAAGCUCAUGGCCCUUGUUGCUCAAGCCUUCCUCUGGACAGGUUCUCAAAUCCCUGUUUACCUUCUCGGAGCGAUACCGCCUUAUAUUUAUCGAGACAUCGGCGGCCAUGACCGAUGGAUAUGGCUCGUCCUCGCGAAUCUGCUCUCGCUAGCUGCCAUUUGCCCCUUUGUCGGAUCUCUUUCAGAUCUUUUCGGCCGACGAUAUGUCGCUAUCUCUGGAGCCGCAUUUAUCGUUCUUGGAAUGAUUAUCGUAUCCACGGCUCAGACGAUGAACAUUGUCAUUGGAGGCAUGGUCUUUGCUGGAAUCGGUGCCGGCAUCAAUGAGCUGACUGCCCUGGCUGCCACAUCCGAGCUAGCACCUACAGCAAAAAGAGGCAAAUAUGUCGGCAUUCUCGUCUUCACCAUUGUGCCAUUCUGUCCUUCGGUCUUGUAUGCCCAGCUGAUUGCCUACUAUUCGUCAUGGAGGUAUAUCGGCCUGUUGUGUGCUAUCUGGGCGUUUAUCGGCUUGGUCCUGACCGCAGUCUUUUAUUUCCCACCUCCCCCCGCCAAUUUGAACAGCGUGGGCCGACGCGAAAUUUUGAAGCGGACCGACCUCGUUGGAGGUCUCCUGAGCAUAUCUGGAAUGAUUCUGUUCAUGGCUGGGCUGCAAUGGGGCGGUUACAUCUAUCCCUGGACCUCUGUUCACGUGCUCGUUCCUCUACUCCUCGGAGUUGUUCUCAUUAUCGCAUUUAUCGUCUGGGAGGGCUGGUUUGCCAAAUAUCCCAUGUUCCCUAGACGCAUCAACCAGGCUCCAAGGAUUCUCACGCUCACUCUGAUCAUCACAUUCAUCUCGGGCGCAAACUUCUUCUCAAUUCUUAUGUUUUGGCCGACACAAUCGUUCAAUGUCUACGGUCACGAUCCAGUUGACGUCGGCAUCCGCGGCAUACCUGUUGGUUUUGCCAUUAUGACAGGAGCUGUUGUUGUUCUGGUGCUACUGUCCGUCUUCAGAGGAGCUAACAGGCUGUUGAUGAUCAUCUCAUCAGUGCUAAUGACAGCCGGCUGCGGUGCCAUGGCCAUCGGUCGCGUUGAUAAUAUGUACCAGCUCUGGGGGAUUCUCGUCUUGGCGGGGCUCGGUAUUGGAGGUAUUGUGGUGCCUGCCUCCAUCAUCACUAUGAUCAUUUGCCCGGACGACCUCAUCGCCACUGUAGCAGCGUUGACACUCAGUGUUCGAGUGAUCGGCGGCAGUAUAGGGUACUGCAUUUACUACAAUGUCUUCAUCAACAAGUUCACCCCUGCAGCUAUUCACUAUAUCGGCGGAACAAUGUAUAUGGGAGGGAUAACGGACAAAGAAGUCAUUGGUGAGGUCAUCGUUCUGACUGGAGCCGCUUUGCUGGAGGAAAUCAAGAAGAUCCCCGGCAUUGCUGGUAACGAGGUGUUGUAUAACGCCAUUGUCAAGGCAGGUCAGACAGCCUACGCUGAGUCAUAUGCUUACGUUUAUUACGCGAGCAUCGGAUUUGGAGCUAUCUCGAUCUUGGCCGCGGCUUUUCUGGGCGAUAUUAGUGCAUACAUGACAGAUAAAGUUGCUGUUGUGAUGUGA